AUGAUGAAUCCACACGUUCAAGAAAAUUUGCAAGCAAUCCAUAAUGCCCUAAGUAAUUUCGAUACGUCAUUUUUAUCGGAAGAUGAAGAGGAUUACUGUCCUCUCUGUAUCGAACCGAUGGAUAUUACUGACAAAAAUUUUUUUCCUUGCCCCUGUGGUUACCAAAUUUGUCAGUUCUGUUAUAAUAAUAUUAGACAGAAUCCAGAACUAAAUGGGCGCUGUCCAGCAUGUCGUCGUAAGUAUGAUGACGAAAACGUUAGGUACGUCACAUUAUCUCCGGAAGAGUUAAAAAUGGAAAGAGCCAAACUUGCCAGGAAGGAAAAGGAGAGAAAACAUAGAGAAAAAGAGCGCAAGGAAAACGAAUAUACGAAUAGAAAGCAUUUAUCGGGCACCAGGGUUAUUCAAAAGAACUUAGUGUAUGUUGUUGGCAUUAAUCCUCCCGUUCUAUAUGAAGAAGUUGCGCCCACUUUGAAAUCUGAGAAAUAUUUUGGCCAAUAUGGUAAGAUAAAUAAGAUUGUGGUUAAUAGAAAGACACCCCAUUCUAGUAGCACAACUGGCGAGCAUUACCACCAUCAUUCUCCAGGCUACGGUGUCUAUAUAACAUUCGCUUCUAAGGAUGAUGCUGCAAGAUGUAUAGCUCAGGUGGACGGAACAUACAUGGAUGGCCGCCUGAUCAAGGCUGCAUACGGUACCACCAAAUACUGUUCUUCUUAUCUAAGAGGACUGCCAUGCCCAAAUCCAAAUUGUAUGUUCUUGCAUGAACCCGGCGAAGAAGCUGACUCUUUUAAUAAAAGAGAACUCCAUAACAAACAACAAGCACAACAGCAAGGUGGCGGAACCGCAUUUCCUAGAGCUGGCAUUCACAGCAAUGUUCCUACCAGUGUUACCGGUUCAAACACCAAUUUACUGAGCGAACACUUCACAAGCACUCCUUCACCAGCUGCUAUGAGGGCUCAGCUACAUCAUGACAGCCAUACAGCUGCAGGAACGCCAGUCUUAACUCCCGCUUCAGUUCCUGUAGGAUCGAAUCCAUGGGGUGUUACUCAAUCAGCCACACCUAUAACAUCCAUAAAUCUCUCUAAGAACAAUAGCUCCAUCAAUUUGCCAACAUUGAGCGAUUCUUUGGGUCAUCAUACUAUAACCACAACCGAAACCAAUACUGCAACCACCACAACUGUCACAAACAGCAAUGUCCCAACACAUGGUAAGAAGAAGCAAUCUCUUGCAGCAGAAGAGUACAAAGAUCCUUACGACGCACUAGGGAAUGCCGUUGACUUUUUGGAUGCAAGACUAAGUUCUCUAUCAAAUUACCAGAAGAGUCCUAUAUCUAUUAAAUCCAACGUUAUCGAUGAGAAGACCUAUAAGAAGUAUCCGUCUUUAUUUUCUUGGGACAAGAUUGAAACCUCUAAGAAAAGCGAUAACACAUUAGCCAACAAACUAGUGGAAAUACUAGCCAUAAAGCCAAUAGACUAUUCUGCUUCUGUUAUCCAAUUCUUACAAAGUGUGAACGUUGGUGCGAAUGAUGGCAUCGCAAUUACGGAUAACAUGAAAGCAUCCACCCAACCAAUAAGACUGCAAACCGUUCCACAACAAAUUCAACCACCAUUAAACGUCAGCACUCCUCCACCGGGUAUCUUUGGACCACAAAAUAAAGUCCCUAUGCAACAGCAGCAAAUGGCAGAAACAAGUUCAAGAAACUCUUCUGAUUUACUAAACCAACUAAUCAACGGAAGGAAAAUCAUUGCCGGUAAUUAA